AUGCCGAAUUUUGUUUUUGGGGCUACAAGAACCCUAGCUGUCAUUCUGCUGUCAGUUGUGGCUGAGCCGUGCUACAGGCCCUUGCGAUCUUCAAUGUUUCUUAUUCUAUCGCGCCACUUCUAUGCGCCAGGAGCCACUCGUCUACGUUACGUAUAUUUAAGUACUGUGGAUAGAACUGCCUGGAUGUAUUCUAAGAGUCCAGUCCGUAGGAUUCUCUUAGCUACUUAUACUGCCAUUAACGGGCUACAGAGGAUGCGUUUAAUAUCAACGCAUAGACAUUUUCUAUCGUCUACAUUCGUGGAGGACGUGACGCACUGUCUCGCGCCCACGGCCACACUAACAUUCGUUUGUGUCAGCCUUGUUAAUAGCGUGGAGGUAGGCAUGCAGACUGAUCUUGCCUGGGCGCAUCUGUGUGAUGACUGGGGUAGUCGCUCUGUGCAUGCUGACAUGGGUGGUAAAUGUCACUUUUCCUGGCCCCACACUGAGUCUAAAAAGCUCUCGCCGUGUUUAGCCUUCUUCCAGGCCAGCUUCCAUUCGUUUUGUGGUUGCUGUCAAGAUUUGGAGCAACUCUCGGCGGGUUGCGGUUCUAGCAUUGUUAGCGUUCCGCUUUGUUGCCUGGCACUCCUAUAUACGCCAGGAUGUACUGGAGCUAAACCUCCUACCCUUGGUCUUGGAGCUUGGGCUCUUGGGGUCUGCCAUUGCUUGAAUGACGGCUUGAUUGUCUGCAAAGACGGCGCACUUGCUAGGGGUGUUUGUAGAUGCAUGUUUGUCGAGCGUGCGAACUUGGCGCGGAAGUGUGAUGCUGAACUAGUGGAGCAGUUUUUGAAAGACGAAGGGUUGAGCCUGGAGAGAAGUGGCUUGCUGUGUGCGGAAGAGGGUCCCAUGGGAGACAUAUUGCGGGUUGGAGAUUUUAGAGGAGCGGAGAUUGAUUUCCUAGAGUUUAAGAAGUCUGAUUCUCGAGUUCCUCAGGAACGAAUCGAACGAUAA